AUGGCGCGUAUAGUCUCUGGUACGGAUAUCUACGGACCAGGAACGUGGAUCGAUUCAGAGGCGUUGCCAGUGCCCAAUGAUGCACGUCGACUUUUCAAGGUGCUGGCGGAAGUGACGCCUGGAUUCACCAAAGAUCCUGUGGUUCUAAACACCGUGGCUUUCACAGGUUCACCUGAAACAAUUGUACCCGGCCCAUUGAAGUCGGCCGUCAUCUCCGGCGCCUUGCAUGCUAUGAGCGGCAUAGUUUCCAAUGAGCUAUUAGAGCUCAGAGACGGCCAAACUUCCAGCCGUACAGCAUCUGUUGAUACCGAUCAUGCUUCAUUUUGGCUUGGAAGUGUGGGAAUGAGCAGGCGAAGCGGCCAAACCGUCAGGGAGAUCGCAAAAGAGGGCAAGCUAGCUGCCAUCUUCCCUAAAGAUCUCGAAGGUGAUAUCUUCGGAACGCCACUUAGACUGCGUGCUACCGCAAACUACGAGACCAAGGACGAUGGCGUCUGGUUCCAACUGCAUGGGUCUCUGGGUGCAGAUACGGUACUGCAGACAAUUGGCAUAGACGCAUCACAAGAGUGCGGCAGUAAUGACGAGGCCUAUCAACUCAUCGCCGAGCAUGUGCGCAAGUUUGGAGCGCACGAGCUGGAGAUGAUGCACUUGGUUCAAGGCCUUUGUGGGAGCAUCUGCUAUACUCCGGCUGGAUGGAGACAGACACGUAUGGCCAAGGACCUUUCCAAGCACCCUCUUAUCAACUACAAGCACCAGGCGCAUGCAGUUCCUACGCCGGCCAUUCCUUUGCCAGUAUCUGCCGACAAGAGGCCACUGGCGGGCAUCAAGGUCGUGGAGCUUGUUCGCAUUAUUGCCGGACCUGUGAUCGGGACGACCUUGGCAGCUCUUGGGGCGGAUGUAAUCCGCGUGAACUGCGGCCGCCUGCCUGACUUCAAUUCACUUCAACUUACGCUGAAUGCUGGCGUCAGAACCAUGGAUGUUGACUUGGCUAAAGACGAUGAGUUGAAGCACUUGCUGAAGUUGAUCGCAGAUGCGGACGUCUUCAUCCAAGGCUACAGACCGGGGGUGAUUGCCCGGAAGGGGCUCAGCCUGGACGAUCUCCUAGAGAUAGCUGGCAAGAGAGGCAAGGGCAUUGUGUAUGUGGAGGAGAACUGUUACGGGCCAGACGGGCCCAUGGCUGAGCGACCUGGCUGGCAGCAAAUUGCCGAUGCCGCCUCCGGAUGCUCCCACGUCAUUGGACGAAGCUUGGGUUACAAAGACGGGACCUGCGUGCUGCCCGCUCUACCUGUGCCAGAUAUGCUCACAGGAUUGAUCGGAGCCAUCGGCACUAUGAUGGCCAUCAGAGAUCGUGCCCGCCAAGGCGGUUCCUACCAUGUGUUCGCUUCUCUCAUGGCCGCAGCUGCUCUUCAUUUAAGCCCUGAGGUUGGGUUAUACUCGCCAGAGGCGGUGCAGGGCUGCAACCAGAAGUUUGGCUGGGACGAAACCGGUCCUGAGCUUUUUGUGCUGGAGCUUUUAGAUGUUGUACUGAAAGGAUGGAGCCGAGCGAUGCCCAAGUACUCCGGAGAAGACUCGCCUUAUAUUUCUACCUUGAAAGGCGACUGGGGCGAAUUUCAGGUGUUGAAGCCCGUUAUUCAGCUAAGCGAUGUAAACGCGUCGCCAUACUUCUCAUCCGCGCCCGAGCCCAACUGUUAUCGCGGAAGUGAUGCAAUGGCGUGGCUGUAG